AUGGCCAGCUUGAAGCCCAUCACUGUCCAUGGCCAUGACUCGAGCGCCAACCCAUGGAAGGUCGUGAUGAUUCUUGAAGAGCUCGGUCUGCCUUACAAUCACAUUUUUGUGAACAUAGCCACCAUCAAGGACGAGCCCUACACCAAGCUCAACCCCAACGGCCGCGUGCCGACCAUCGAGGAUCCGAACACGGGCAUUACGCUGUGGGAGUCUGGUGCAAUCAUCGAGUACCUGGUGGAGACGUACGAUAAGGAGCAUAAGAUCAGCUCCACCUCAUUCCCAAACAAGUUCCACGAGAAGCAAUUCCUGCACUUCCAGAUGUCUGGCCAGGGCCCUUACUACGGUCAGUAUGCAUGGUUCACGAGGUUCCACCCGGAGAAGGUCGAGAGCGCCAUUAGCCGGUACGAGGAGCAGAUGUUUCGCGUCGUGGGCGUGCUGGACAAGAUCCUAGAGGACAGGCAGUAUCUUGUCGGAGAUAAGAUCUCCUACGCCGAUAUCUCCUUUAUCGCCUGGGAGUCCACCGCACGCAUGGUGUUUGCGGAUAAAAUCGAUCGGUUCAAGGGCUUUAAGAACUAUGAUGCGUGGUAUGAGAGGAUUGCUGCUCGGCCUUCUGUCAAGAAAGUAUUUCAGCUGCGAGCUGAUGCUAUGGCGAAGAGCUCACACUAA